UCGAUGUAGCAGGAGCUCAUGUCCUGCUCUGUGAAUCCACAAAACGUAAACAUUGCAGUCAUUUACAGGCUUUACUCAAGCAAAACGAGACGCUAAUGAACAUACUGGAUUAAAUUCACUUAUAUAUUUUGGGAAAAAGUAACCGCACAGGAAAGCAAACUGUCUCUGUUUUAAUCCCUCUGUCCUCCAUGUUCCUGAUGCUCUGGACGUGAGGAAACAACUCGAGUACAUCCGACGAGGAGGAGAGGCUAAAUUCACAAUUUAUUGACGUAUUUUCAACGAGGUAAUCCAAUUUACAGCUGGUGAGGUGUUUAUGCACCAUAAAGGCUGCAGAGAUUGUCAUUUGUCACCAUCGUUGAAGAGGAACAAUUGAGCACAUGGAGAAUGGAGACUGGACACAUAUGAUGAUGGAUACGGUUACCCUAAACGUUGGUGGCCAUUUGUACACCACGUCACUGUCUACGCUCCAGCGUUAUCCAGACUCCAUGUUGGGCGCCAUGUUUCGCGGGGACUUUCCUACCACACGAGACACCCAGGGCAACUAUUUCAUCGACCGAGAUGGUCCUCUAUUCCGUUACGUCUUAAACUUCUUACGAACCUCCAAACUGACGCUACCAUGUGACUUCAAAGAAACAGAGCUCCUCCGUAAGGAAGCAGACUUCUACCAGAUUGAACCCUUAAUCCAGUGUUUAGGGGAAACCAAACCCCUUUACCCACUGGACACCUUUGAGCAAGUGGUUGAACUUUCAAGUACUCGUAAGUUGUCCAAAUACUCAAACCCAGUGGCGGUUAUUAUAACUCAACUCACCAUCACCACCAAAGUUCAUGCACUUCUUGAGGGCAUCUCCAACAACUUCACCAGAUGGAAUAAACACAUGAUGGACACCAGAGACUUUCAAGUGUCUUUUACCUUUGGGCCAUGUGACUAUCAUCAAGAGGUGUCCCUUCGAGUUCACUUAGUGGAGUACAUCUCCAAACAAGGCUUUACGAUUCGCAACACACGGGUGCAUCACAUGAGUGAACGAGCCAAUGAGAACACGGUAGAACAUCACUGGACAUUCUGUAGAGUUGCUCAGAAGGUUGAGGACUGAUGACUGCUUUAGCAUUUGUGCAAACAUCGCACAGGUAAACCAGCCAAUGAAUUCUUGGUUAAACAUAAGUAGAUGUAUUGUAGAGUUGCUCAGAUAGUUGAGGACUGAUUGAUGCUGUAUUAUUUUGGACAAAAAUCACACAGGUACAUCACACGAGUGAACGAGCCAAUAAGAACAUGAUAGAACACCAUUGGACAUUCUGUAGAGUUGCUCAGAAGGUUGAGGACUGAUUGAUGCUUUAUCAUUCGCGCAAACAUCACACAGGUAAUCCUACCAAUGAAAUCAUCAAACAUUAUUUGACGUUUUGUAGAGUUGCUCAGAUAGCCAUCACACAGGUACAUCACACGACUGAACUAGCCGAUGAGAACUUGGUAGAACCGUAUAGGACAGUUUUUGUAGAGUUGCUCAGGAAGUUGUGGACUGAUAGAUUGUUUAUUCUUAUCUGUUCAGAUGUUACUGAUAAAACAGUACUCAGUACUUAAGUAGAGUAUUGCAGGUUGUGCAAUUACAAGUUUAACAAAGACGUGAAUGUGUUUUUACUAGUCCUGAAUUUGUGUUUAAUUAAGAUGCUCCCAAAUUUCUUGAGUUAGCCACAUCUUUACCAUAGAACCUGCCUAAGGUAAACAACACUUAAAGCAAUUCAAAUGUUUUCUGUUGCAUCACAUGAGUAAACGCACCAAUGAGAACACGGUAGAGCAUAUUUUGGUAAGUCUGAAGACUAAUCGUUACUGCAUUCAUAUCUGGUCAGACUUUAAUGUAAUUGCAACUUGAGCAAUUAUUAAGUUUCACCAGGACGUUAACUUUUUUUGCUUCUUGAAAACUUUAGAUAAAGGUAACUGCGAAAUUACUUGAAUCUACCACAUCUUACCUGUAGAUCCAGGCUAAGGUAACCAACAUCAUGCUGGUGGAUUACAAGACAAAGUAUAACAACAUUGGAUGGUUUGUGUGAUGUAGAAGGUCAGAGACUGGUUGAUGCUUUAUUCAUAUUUGGUUGGACAUCACUGUAAUAACUAGUAAUAGACAAUAUAUUGGCACCCUUAAUGCUUAUUGGCUGAUAAAUGCUGAUCCACUUCAGAUCUGUCAUUCUGUGAUGUCAUGAAGAGUUAAUACUAAAAAUCUGCGGAAACAAGGAUCUAGAUCAGUGUUUCCCAACCCUGUUCCUAAAGGCACAUCAAUAGUACACAUUUUCAAUCUCUUCCUAUGCAAACACAUCUGAAUCAAAUUGUCAGGACAUUAAACGAGACUCGAAAACCUGAAAUGAAACACGAAAAGGAUUGGGAAACACUGAUCUAGAUGUUUCCUUACCAUCCCUUUGAAUAAAAUAAAAUCAGUUGUCCACUGUAUUUCUUUGCAUUUUAGUUUUGUGAUCAGAUUUAGAAAAAAUAUAUAUAAAGAUUUAUACUUAUCAGUUUAAAUAUUGGUUAUCCAGGUAUAAAGGGUUAUCAGGAUCUGACAAAAUUUUUAUUUGCGAAGCAUACCAAUAAUUAGAAAUUUGAGAUAGCAUCUUAAGCAAUUACAAGUUUAACAUAGCCAUGAUUGUAUUAUUUGCUUGUUGCGAACUUGUAAGUAUGGGCAAUACUGAAAAGUACUUGAAUGUACCAUUCUGGCUAAGGUAGCCAAAGAUGAAUCAGGCUGGUUUUGUGUUGCCGCCCACUUUAUAAGUCUAAAAGAACCAGAAAUAAUUUAUUUCUGAAAGUACUAUACACAUGAUCUUACGCAAAAAAUGACCCCUAAAUCUAAAAUGCUAAUAUAUACUGAUUGAGUGUUAAAUAUACAGUGUUCCAAUAUUUAUAGCAUUUCUGUAGAUACAUUCUCCUGUUAUUGUAUCCAUAAACUGUAAAUGGUGUGCAUGAUCCUGUGAUAUCUGUAAUGUUGUUUAGGAGUCAUAUAUCCCCCACCUAAGAGAUGCCAAGUAAAAGAUAUGUAAUUCGCAUGUUACAUUGUAUGUUUCGUGACCGGACCCAUUUAAAAUUCAUGUUAAUCUGUAAAAGCAUGUACAAUUCAGGCUUGCAUCUUUUUAAAAGGUUGGGGAACCCGAAUGAAAUUGAAAGAGUUCAUUCAUGUGUGUAAUGAAUUUGACCUGCACAUUAAAAACAAGUUUCAUCA